UAUAAGAAAUCAGUAGAGAAAAGAAGACACAAGUUUGAAAAUUCCCAUAAAGCCAUUGAAAGGUAGGUUUAUUUAUUGGCUAAAGAAAUGAAAAAGGGAAGCAAAGAGACACGUGAAUGUCUGUAUAUUUUCUCACUUCUUUGAAGAAUAUGAGGUUGGGAGUAAUCUGAAUUCAUCAGCGGAUCUGAUUCCGUCACUUUGUUGUUGCCUCUUUCUUCUCCUUCUUCAAUUCUUCGUCUUCUCUCUCUCUCUGCUCGAUAUUCAUAUUUGGUUUAUUAGUUGGCUUUCAUAAGCAACAAAAAAAAAAAAAAUCAAAGAAAGUCAACAACUUUCUUUGUUUUCUCUUCAGUCUUUGUAGCAGAGAUGAAGCUACUCUGGUCUUUUUUGUUCUUGUCUUGUCUCUGUCUUGGAUUUUUGGGACACGGGUAUUCUGAGAAACCAGAAGUUGUCAAAAUCGGUUCAAUAUUCAGUUUCAACUCAGUGAUUGGCAAAGUUGCCAAGAUUGCGAUUGAGGAGGCAGUGAAAGAUGUGAAUUCAAACCCGGACAUCCUCGUAGGGACACGUCUUCAAGUUUCAAUGCAGAACUCAAACUGCAGCGGUUUUAUGGGCAUGGUUGAAGCAUUGAGGUUUAUGGAGAAAGACAUAGUUGGAAUCAUAGGACCACAAUGUUCUGUAGUUGCUCAUAUGAUAUCUCACAUGGCGAACGAGCUACGGGUGCCUCUUCUCUCAUUUGCUGUUACAGAUCCUGUAAUGUCGCCUCUCCAGUUCCCUUAUUUCAUUAGGACGAGCCAGAGCGACUUAUACCAAAUGGAGGCUAUUGCUUCGAUUGUAGACUUGUACGGUUGGAAAGAAGUGAUUGCUGUGUUUGUGGAUGAUGACUACGGAAGGAAUGGUGUUGCUGCACUUAACGAUAAGCUUGCGAGUCGGAGGUUGAGAAUCACUUACAAGGCGGGUUUACAUCCUGACAAUGCGGUGAAUAAGAAUGAGAUCAUGAACAUGCUCAUCAAGAUCAUGUUGCUUCAGCCAAGAAUCAUUGUGAUUCAUGUCUACUCGGAGUUGGGUUUUGCGGUUUUCAAGGAAGCUAAGUAUCUUGGAAUGAUGGGUAAUGGGUACGUUUGGAUCGCUACGGAUUGGCUGUCUACUACUCUUGACUCUUCCUCUCCGCUUCCCUCUGAGAGACUUGAGAGUAUUCAAGGUGCUCUUGUUCUGCGUCCGCACACACCUGAUUCAAAACUAAAACGGGAGUUUUUCGCGAGGUGGCGUAAGAAUCCUGAUGCUCCUCUGGCUCUUCACACGUACGGUCUCUACGCUUAUGAUUCGGUUAUGCUCUUAGCUCGUGCUUUGGAUAAGUACUUCAAACACGGUGGGAAAAUAUCCUUUUCUAAUGACUCAAUGCUUGAUGCUCUGGGGAAAAGCGGGAGUCUCAACUUAGAAGCGAUGACCGUCUUUGAUGGUGGAGAGGCUCUGCUUAAGGAUAUCCUUGGAACACAUAUGGUUGGUUUGACAGGGCAGCUUCAGUUUACUACAGAUAGGUCUCGGAUCCGACCGGCUUAUGAUAUCAUCAAUGUGGCCGGAACCGGUGUUCGCCAAAUAGGCUACUGGUCGAAUCAUUCUGGUUUAUCAGUUUUGCCACCUGAGUCACUCACGAAACCAAAUAUGUCAGCAAGUCAGAAGCUAAGACAUGUGAUCUGGCCGGGAGAAGCGUUUCAAAAGCCACGGGGGUGGGCUUUUUCGAACAAUGGGAAAGAGCUUAAGAUCGGUGUGCCUCGCCGCGUAAGUUACAAGGAGUUUGUCUCGCAGAUUCGUGGAACGGAGUAUAUGUUCAAAGGGUUCUGCAUUGAUGUCUUCACAGCUGCAGUGAAUCUCUUACCAUACGCAGUCCCUGUCAAGUUUAUCCCUUAUGGAAACGGAAAGGAGAAUCCGAGCUACACUCAUAUGGUUGAGAUGAUAACAAGUGGUAAUUUUGAUGGGGUAGUGGGUGAUAUUGCCAUCGUAACAAACCGGACAAAGAUUGUAGACUUUACACAACCGUAUGCAGCAUCUGGACUAGUAGUUGUUGCUCCUUUUAAGAAACUCAACUCAGGAGCUUGGGCUUUCCUCCGACCUUUCAAUCGACUUAUGUGGGCAGUCACGGCUUGUUGCUUUCUCUUUGUCGGCAUUGUUGUUUGGAUCUUGGAGCAUCGGAUUAACGAUGAAUUCAGAGGCCCGCCUAAGAGGCAAUGCGUCACAAUUCUCUGGUUUAGCUUCUCGACCAUGUUUUUCGCGCAUAGAGAGAAUACAGUGAGUACACUUGGGCGGUUGGUUCUGAUCAUAUGGCUGUUUGUUGUACUAAUAAUCAACUCAAGCUACACCGCUAGUCUCACAUCAAUCCUGACGGUUCAGCAGCUCUCGUCACCAAUCAAGGGAAUUGACAGCCUUAGAGAAAUGGAUGAUCGGAUUGGGUACCAGGUGGGUUCGUUUGCAGAGCGUUAUCUGAGGGAUGAGCUUAACAUAUCAGAGUCAAGGCUCGUCCCGCUUGGUUCACCUGAAGCUUAUGCCAAAGCUUUAAAAGAUGGACCAAGAAAAGGAGGUGUUGCGGCAAUUGUGGACGAGCGUCCUUAUGUUGAACUCUUCCUCUCCAGCAAUUGCGCUUAUAGGAUCGUUGGUCAGGAGUUCACCAAAAGUGGCUGGGGAUUUGCAUUUCCUAGAGACUCUCCUCUAGCAAUAGAUCUGUCAACAGCGAUCUUGGAGUUGGCAGAGAACGGGGAUCUGCAGAGGAUCCAUGAUAAGUGGCUGAUGAAGAACGCAUGCACCCUAGAGAACGCAGAACUUGAAUCAGACAGGCUUCAUCUGAAAAGCUUCUGGGGACUGUUUCUCAUAUGUGGAGUUGCAUGUGUCCUCUCUCUCUUCCUCUACUUUGUUCAGAUCAUCCGUCAGCUCUACAAUGGAAAGCCAAGCGAGGAAGAAGAAGAUGCCAUUGGGAGAGAGAAUCAUGACUCCUCGUCCUUGCGGUCUACUCGUCUGCAGAGAUUCUUGUCGCUCAUGGAUGAGAAAGAAGACGUGUCCAAGGCGGGAAGCAAGAAGAGAAAGAUCGAUGGAUCAGUGAAUGAUAAUUCAGUAUCGAGACAUUCACGGCGACUUGACAGCUUCAAUUCGGUUAAUCCAUUAGAUUGAAAGUUUAGUUACAGAAGAUUCUUUAAGGCAUCAAAACCGUUUAUAGUAUCAAAAGUGUAUCCAACUUGUGCAUUCCCUGAUUCUGUAAUCUUUUAAUCUUAUUAGGAGUUCUUCAAAACAAGUGUAUGUGACAUGUUUAUGGAAGCAUUAAAGGCAAUAUUAAUUUUUUUUAGAGUAGCUGUACCAAGUUCAAUACGGUAAAAAUAAAUGAGUAGCUACAUCGUCUGACAAACUCUCAACAACCACACACAAGCUUAUGGCUAACGAUCUGAAACGUACCGUGAAAAUUAAAUGAUGAGGGACCAGUCGUUGUCUCUUUCAGAGUAUGAGAGCUCAGGCACAAGGCCACGACAUUCUCAAACCUCAUCCAAUCCCUUCAGACAAUACCAAUAAUGAAAACCUAUCACUAAUCCCCACCACAAACACACACACACAAAAAAAAAAGAUUAUUGAUUUCAUUUCCCCAAUUAAACCCUCGUCCUGCUGCUUAUCCUUCUUCGUCCAGAGACGGAAAAAAAAACACAAAUUAAUGGCGGCUGAAUAUUCCGGUAGCCGAAGUUCCAACACACAGCUUCUCGCUGAACUCGAAGCCCUAAGUGAAAAUCUUUACCAGAAACCUCAGGCUCCAGUUGGUCGCAGAACUAACUCUCUCGCUCUCCCUCGCAGCUCCGUUCCGUCCCUCGUGACCUCUGCCGAGGAUGUGACGGUACCGAAACCACGGUCUCGGCGUUUGUCUCUGUCUCCAUGGCGGUCGAGACCCAAGCUUGAGGCAGAGGAGGAAGAGAAUAUGACUCAGAAGAUAAGCAUCAAGACACCAGAAGAGUCUUCAUUGGUGGGAUCCAAAGCCAAGGAAGAGAGAAAAGGGAUAUGGAACUGGAAACCCAUUCGCGGGCUGGCCCGAAUCGGAAUGCAGAAGCUGAGCUGUUUGUUGUCGGUCGAGGUCGUGGCGGCCCAGAAUCUACCGGCGUCGAUGAACGGUCUACGACUCGGGGUUUGCGUGAGGAAGAAGGAAACCAAAGAUGGCGCUGUCCAGACGAUGCCGUGUCGGGUUUCUCAAGGAUCUGCCGAUUUCGAGGAGACGCUGUUCAUCAAGUGCCACGUGUACUACUCGCCGGCUAAUGGGAAAGGUGCUCCGGCGAAGUUUGAGGCUCGGCCGUUUUUGGUUUAUCUAUUCGCGGUGGAUGCUAAGGAGCUUGAGUUUGGAAGGAACAUGGUGGAUUUGAGCGAUUUAAUCCAGGAAUCUGUGGAGAAGAUGAGUUAUGAAGGAGCUAGGGUUAGGCAAUGGGAUAUGAGCUGGGGGCUUUCAGGUAAAGCCAAAGGGGGUGAACUGGUUCUCAAAUUAGGGUUUCAGAUCAUGGAAAAAGAUGGUGGAGCUGGCAUUUACGGUAAACAAGGUGAAUUAGGGAUUAAACCGAGCAGCAAACCGAAGCAUUUCUCCGGUUCCUUUGGGCGAAAGCAAUCAAAAACUUCGUUCAGUGUCCCGAGCCCAAAGAUGACUAGCCAGAGCCAGACAUGGACGCCAGCAAGUGGCGUGGAGGCUGCGUCUGAUCUUCAAAGAAUUGAGCAUCUGAAUCUGGAUGAACCGGAGGAGAAACCAGCUCCGAAAACAGAGGAACCAGAACAGAGAGUUGAAGAAGAUGAUCAAGAGCCUGAUUUUGAGGUUGUUGACAAAGGAGAAGACCAAGAACCUGAAUUUGAAGUUGUGGACAAAGGAGUCGAGUUUGAUGACGACAUGGAAACUGAGAAAUCAGAUGGAACCAUAGGUGAGAGAUCCUUUGAGAUGAAGGAGCAACAUGUUAAUGUUGAUGAUCCACGGCACAUGAUAAGACUAACGGAGUUAGAUUCUAUUGCAAAGCAGAUCAAAGCGCUUGAAUCUAUGAUGAAAGAUGAUAGUAACGGUGCUGAAGGUGAGGAGUCACCAAGGCUCGAUGAAGAGGAGCAGACUGUGACAAAGGAGUUCCUUCAGUUACUUGAGGAUGAAGAAUCCGAGAAUCUCAAAUUCUACCAGCACAAAAUGGAGAUCUCCGAGCUGCGAUCUGGCGAAUCAGCAGGCGAAGAAUCUGACAAUUACCUCUCAGAUCUUGGGAAAGGCAUCGGUUGUGUUGUUCAGACAAGGGACGGCGGAUACUUAGUUUCUAUGAACCCUUUUGAUACGGUGGUCAUGAGGAAGGACACUCCUAAGCUCGUAAUGCAAAUCUCGAAACAGAUCGUGGUACUACCUGAAGCCGGAUCAGCGACUGGAUUCGAAUUGUUUCAUAGAAUGGCGGGUUCGGGUAAGGAACUUGACUCAAAGAUAUGUUUGCUUAUGGCGAUGGACGAGCUUAUGGGGAAAACAGGGGAACAAGUGGCUUUCGAAGGUAUAGCGUCAGCGAUCAUACAAGGGAGGAACAAAGAGCGAGCGAACACAAGCGCAGCGCGAACUGUUGCGGCUGUUAAAACGAUGGCUAACGCUAUGAACAGCGGAAGAAGAGAGAGGAUAAUGACAGGAAUCUGGAACGUGGAGGAGAAUCCAUUGGCUUCAGCUGAGGAGGUUUUAGCUGUUUCUUUACAGAAACUUGAAGAGAUGGUGAUCGAAGGACUAAAGAUUCAAGCUGAUAUGGUGGAGGAUGAUGCUCCUUUUGAGGUUUCCGCUGCCAAAGGCCAGCCAAAUCCACUUGAGUCGACCAUCCCGCUCGACGAGUGGCUCAAGGAGAAUCGCAAGCAGAAAACGUUGACCGUUUUUGCGACAGUGCAGCUCCGGGACCCAACAAGGAGAUAUGAGGCAGUGGGAGGGACAGUUGUCGUGGCGGUGCAGGCUGAAGAUCAGGAGGAUGGACUAAAAGUGGGAAGCUUGCACGUUGGGGGAGUGAAGAGCAAUGGGGCGGAGAAGCGAAGGUUGACUGCGGCGCAGUGGCUUGUGGAGUAUGGUAUGGGUAAGAAAGGUAAGAAGAAGAGUAAUGUUAAGAGGAAGGAGAAAGAAGAAGAAGAUGAAGAAUUGUUGUGGAGCUUGUCGUCUAGAGUUAUGGCGGAUAUGUGGCUAAAAUCUAUAAGGAACCCUGAUGUGAAGUUGCACAGUUGAGGUUGAGAAUUUCACAUUACAGAAUAAGAUGCAUAUGUACAAAAGGUUAUUUUCGCUUUGUUAUUUAUAGCUAUUUGAGCAGAACUUGUCUACUCUCUAAAUUUGAUCGUUCUUUGUCAAUUGGUAAAGACUACGGGUGGGCACUUCGGUUA